CUUGUCGUUUGUUUUUUGUCGUCACCCCGGAGGCGGUAUAAAAUAUGCUGGACUCAAAAACGAUUUCUAAUAGCGUCUCCCUUAUCCUUCAUAUUCUCAGCUCCCAUCACCUAAGCCUCGCCCUUCGUACUUUCCAACCAUGGUUGCUCCCUUGUUUGAUUCGGACAAUCAACUUGCUCCACCUUGGCACUCAUAUUUCACCUUCUCCGUAGUAGCCACUCUGGAGUUGUUUUGUGAUGGGGAAGACGACAAUAUGCUAUGGAAGCUGGAUAGUCUGCAGGAUAGGAAACAUGCUGGUUACUGCAUGCAGGUCGAGGAUUCAAGUGAAGAGGAUACAAAAUACUAUGUUCUUCAAGUCCGACCGGCACAACAGGGACUCACGAAAGCUCACUCUCGGAAAUCCCAGCUUGCUCGGCCUACUAUGUGCGUUCCCAUACUGCCAGAAACCGCCCAUCCCAAGUCAAGAGAACCCUUGGCAGUGUCGAAGCCGCUGUCAUGGGAAAACUGCUAUCAUCCCACGUGCUACAACCUUUGCAUGCGUGCGCUAGCGGAGCGGCGAGACCAUUCUCAAUCAACAUAUGUGAAGGGUACCCUCGAGUUUGACAAAGCCGUCAUGGAGGACUACUGCCAACUCCUCCAGGAUGGACUAAGUGAUGAUAGAAUCCUGCGAAUUCUUUCCGGUCAAGAAGGCGCACCCGACACGGAUAUUCCUGACGACGCUUCGCAGACUUCGACCAAAAGUGACGCGAGGAGUGAAGCGAGCCAGAUUUUCCUGGCCAAGGUACCAGGGACUGAUAAACUAGAAGAAGAUCGUAUCUUUGACCCUGUCAUGCAUAUCAACCACGUUUUGUUAAAUUUGUCCCAGAGAUUUCUGAUCCGUCACAACUAUGCGGAGACCUGGGUCUCUUUUAAGAAAUUGUACAAGAGUAUCAGCUUGCGCGCUACGGAUCAGCCGCUUUUGGGACGGAGGAUCCGCCUAUUUCCGACGACUCUUCAGUGAGGUGUAGUUUAAUUUCGGCAGCAUUGGAAACUUCGACGGAAGACUUGAGCUCUGAUUCUCCGGACUCCCAUGCGGUUGAUUCAUCCUUAGCUGAUGAAUCUGAGGACACAGAAAAUCCACCCGCUCCAACA